CGCGCCGGGGGCAGCAGGCCGGUUCCCGAGGUGGCCCAGGCGCCCUCCCGCCGCAGGCGCCGCCCGGGCCGUCCCUCCCCGCCGCCCCCCGCCCUCCGCCUCCGCCUCCCCCCGCCCUCCUCCUCCCUUCCCCCUCCCCGCCCAGCAGCGGUCGCUCGGGCCAGGCUCUCGGUUAUAAGAUGGCGGCGCUGAGCGGCGGCGGCGGCGCGGAGCAGGGCCAGGCUCUGUUCAACGGGGACAUGGAGCCCGAGGCCGGCGCCGCGGCCUCUUCGGCUGCGGACCCGGCCAUUCCCGAGGAGGUGUGGAAUAUCAAACAAAUGAUUAAAUUGACACAGGAGCAUAUAGAGGCCCUACUGGACAAAUUUGGUGGGGAGCAUAAUCCACCAUCAAUAUAUCUGGAGGCCUAUGAAGAAUACACCAGCAAGCUAGAUGCCCUCCAACAAAGAGAACAACAGUUAUUGGAAUCCCUGGGGAAUGGAACUGAUUUUUCUGUUUCUAGCUCUGCAUCAACAGACACCGUUACAUCUUCUUCCUCUUCUAGCCUUUCAGUGCUGCCUUCAUCUCUUUCAGUUUUUCAAAAUCCCACAGAUGUGUCACGGAGCAACCCCAAGUCACCACAAAAACCUAUCGUUAGAGUCUUCCUGCCCAAUAAACAGAGGACGGUGGUACCUGCAAGGUGUGGAGUUACAGUCCGGGACAGCCUAAAGAAAGCACUGAUGAUGAGAGGUCUAAUCCCAGAGUGCUGUGCUGUUUACAGAAUUCAGGAUGGAGAGAAGAAACCAAUUGGCUGGGACACUGAUAUUUCCUGGCUUACUGGAGAGGAAUUGCAUGUAGAAGUGUUGGAGAAUGUUCCACUUACAACACACAACUUUGUACGGAAAACUUUUUUCACCUUAGCAUUUUGUGACUUCUGUCGAAAGCUGCUUUUCCAGGGGUUCCGCUGUCAAACAUGUGGUUAUAAAUUUCACCAGCGUUGUAGUACAGAGGUUCCACUGAUGUGUGUUAAUUAUGACCAACUUGAUUUGCUGUUUGUCUCCAAGUUCUUUGAACACCACCCAAUACCACAGGAGGAGGCCUCCUUAGCAGAGACUACCCUUACGUCUGGAUCAUCCCCUUCUGCACCCCCCUCCGAUUCUAUUGGGCCCCCAAUUCUCACCAGUCCGUCUCCUUCAAAAUCCAUUCCAAUUCCACAGCCUUUCCGACCAGAUGAAGAUCAUCGAAAUCAGUUUGGACAACGAGACCGGUCCUCAUCAGCUCCAAAUGUGCAUAUAAACACCAUAGAACCUGUCAAUAUUGAUGACUUGAUUAGAGACCAAGGGUUUCGUAGUGAUGGAGGAUCAACCACAGGUUUAUCUGCCACGCCCCCUGCCUCAUUACCUGGCUCACUCACUAAUGUGAAAGCAUUACAGAAAUCUCCAGGACCUCAGCGAGAAAGGAAGUCAUCUUCAUCCUCAGAAGACAGGAAUCGAAUGAAAACACUUGGUAGACGGGAUUCAAGUGACGAUUGGGAGAUUCCUGAUGGGCAGAUCACAGUGGGACAAAGAAUUGGAUCCGGGUCAUUUGGGACAGUCUACAAGGGAAAGUGGCAUGGUGAUGUGGCAGUGAAAAUGUUGAAUGUGACAGCACCCACACCUCAGCAGUUACAGGCCUUCAAAAAUGAAGUAGGAGUACUCAGGAAAACUCGACAUGUGAAUAUCCUACUCUUCAUGGGUUAUUCAACAAAGCCACAACUGGCUAUUGUUACCCAGUGGUGUGAGGGCUCCAGCCUAUAUCAUCAUCUCCACAUCAUUGAGACCAAAUUCGAGAUGAUCAAACUUAUAGAUAUUGCACGGCAGACUGCACAGGGCAUGGAUUACUUACACGCCAAGUCAAUCAUCCACAGAGACCUCAAGAGUAAUAAUAUUUUUCUUCAUGAAGACCUCACAGUAAAAAUAGGUGAUUUUGGUCUAGCCACAGUGAAAUCUCGAUGGAGUGGGUCCCAUCAAUUUGAACAGUUGUCUGGAUCCAUUUUGUGGAUGGCACCAGAAGUAAUCAGAAUGCAAGAUAAAAACCCAUAUAGCUUUCAGUCAGAUGUAUAUGCAUUUGGGAUUGUUCUGUAUGAAUUGAUGACCGGACAGUUACCUUAUUCAAACAUCAACAACAGGGACCAGAUAAUUUUUAUGGUGGGACGAGGAUAUCUAUCUCCAGAUCUCAGUAAGGUACGGAGUAACUGUCCAAAAGCCAUGAAGAGAUUAAUGGCAGAGUGCCUAAAAAAGAAAAGAGAUGAGAGACCACUCUUUCCCCAAAUUCUCGCCUCUAUUGAGCUGCUGGCCCGCUCAUUGCCAAAAAUUCACCGCAGUGCAUCCGAACCCUCUUUGAAUCGGGCUGGCUUCCAAACAGAGGAUUUUAGUCUGUAUGCUUGUGCUUCUCCAAAAACACCCAUCCAAGCAGGGGGAUAUGAAAAUAACUGUAAUGUGGCAGUCAGUAUAUUCUUACUGUGAACCAGAAUCUUACCGGGAAUCAAAAGUGAAAGAAGCAGCAUUGCUGUCAUCAAAGCAAUCACCGUCUCUACUUCAGAGUCAGCCUAGGGACCAAAGCCAGCCUCUUAAAUACAUCUUCAUUUACUCAGUUUGGAGUUGUGAUGAUAUUAAAUAUAACUGACAGUUCCAGGGUUAUUCAGGGGCACAAAGAUGGCAUUUGCAUAAAUGCCAUCCUUCUUGGAAGCCAAUAAAGAAGAAAAUCGGGAGGACUUUAGUGAUAAUUUAGUCUUGUAAGUAUCACAAAUAAAUUUUUGAAAUAUUUUCUUUAUUUGAAUAAGUUAGAUUUCAUCCGGGGAAACCACUCAGUGAUAAGUUUGGCAUACCUUGUGCCCCCCCAUUUGGGUAUCUUAAGAUAAAUAAUGCCAUUCAUGUUUUUAGAAAUCAAUUCAUGACUUUGAAUGUAGGAAGAGUAGUGAAAAAGAACGUUUAUUGUAUUUUAAAAAAUGAGAAUAAGAAAGUCAUAAAAGAAUGUGACUUAUUCAGAAACAUAAAAGUGUGUGAUUUCUAAAUCUUCCAGUGACGCUAAAGAUGUGAUUAUUAGUAACUAUUAGAUUGGGUUUUAUUUAUUCACAAAUUGAAUAGCAAGCAUGUAGCUAACAAAGUUUUUACAAAUUGACUUGGUCUGUGGAAUGCUCAAAGGUUUGGGCAUUUUGAGGCACAAGAGUCAAAGGAUCUUUUUAUUGACAGAGCUCUUUCAUAAUUCCUCAGCAUACUUUCUUCACUUUUAUCUUCCUUUCUUUGUUCACUCUCUUUUUUUCCCCCCAACACUACCCACACUAAAUACUACCCAGCUCCCCACAUCUGCAUUUGACACUUUUCCUUCCUUUCUUUACCAGUCUCCUUUGCCAGAGGGCAUUUGCUAAACUCUUAGAGCUGCUCAGAAAACUCAUUAUACCAGGGGUCCCCAAUCCCUGGGCCGCACAGCAGGAGGUGAGUGGCAGGCAAUGGAGCGAAGCUUUGUCUGUAUUUACAGCUGCUUCCCAUCGCUCACAUUACCACCUGAGCUCCACCUCCUGUCAGCAUUAUGGUGAAUUGUAUAAUUAUUUCAUUAUAUAUUACAAUGUAAUAAUAAUAGAAAUAAAGUGCACAAUAAAUGUAAUGUGCUUGAAUCAUCCUGAAACCAUUCCCCCGACCCCGUCCGUGGAAAAAUUGUCUUCCACGAAACCGGUCCCUGGUGCCAAAAAGGUUGGGGACCACUGCAUAAUACCAUCCCAUUGACAUUUGAACAUGCCUUCAAAGGACUGCAUAGUAAUUCUCUUCUUUCCAAAUUGGGCCCACUGGAAAUGUUAUUGGGAGAACAUUAAAAAUAGAGCAGGUGAAAUAUAUAAAUAACAUGGAUCUGGAGAAGUAGAAAGCAUUAGAAUGAUACAUGGUAGUUUCCCUUUCUGUUGUUGCUGUUUGUCUGUUUGAUACUGAGUUUUAGAUGUAUUCUCCAAAUAAGAAAAACAUUAUUUUCCUAACCAUGUGUAGAGUUAAUCUUUUUGACUAAGGAAUUGAAACAGAAGGACAUUCAUUAUCUUGCAGCUGACGGCUUCUUUCCUAAAACCUGAAGCCUCAGAUCUUUUCAUUAAAGUUGAUAUCCUUCUUCAGAAGGCAGCCAUUUUAUAAAAUUUGUUUUACAUUUUAAAAGUUUUACCAGUCAGUGAUGAGGAAUGAGGUUUGUCUUCUUGGUUUUAAGUAGUUUAGGGAUCACAGCAUUUAACUCAAAUACUUCAGGUUUGUUUGUUUUCGGAUAUUACAGGAUUGUACCAACCAUUUAAAUACUAAACUAGUAGUUAAAGUCAUUCUCUUUAAAAUAGUGACUAUUUAACACACUUGCUUAUUAAAUGGCCUUUCUCUCAAGUAGAUCACACUCAAUUUAAGGAAAUGAUCUGCCUUUUUUUUUUAAGUGUUAUGAAAAGAGUAUUUCAUGACUAAAACGUUUUGUCAGUUAUAGUCUUAUUUGAGAAUUACUGAACAUUUCUAUGGUACUUUUUCUUUUACUAAAUAUUUCAUCUCUCCUGUGAUCAUUUCUCUAAGAAUUUUAAGAAGUCCAGUGUGUCUCUGGCAGAAUGUUCCUCAUCCUUUAGAAACUGCCUGAAAGGUCACCACAAAAAAAGAAUGGGACUUAUUCUAGUUUCAAAUGACUGCCCCCCUACAUCUAAGACAGGGAUUUAUUUACGUACAAAAUAACGUGUUAGAUUUUUCACAGCAUAUUUAAUCUUUAAGGAAUUCUUUAUCAAAUUAUAUGUGUAACAGCCACUGAAAUACAUUUAAUUCUAGAAUUAAGGGUGAUUAGUAAUAUCUUAAAACUAGUUAAUCAAGUCCUUAGCUUUCAAAUUAACAAAGCAUGAUAUUGGAGGUGUCUGAAAUCUUGGGAUCUUCCCAAGUGUUCUUUGCCCCAUUCCUUAAUAAAGUCAAAUGGAAAAUAGAGCUUAGGUUAUUCUCAGCCAAAAAGGAGGUUAUUUAAAAAGUUUCAUUUUGGCCUCUGCUUGAUUUUUUGGUUAAUAAUUAAAUUAUUUUAAAGUCAGAAUAUCUAGAUGUUUCACUUCAAACAACUUCACACAAGCAGAGUUGGCUCUUACCUCAAAUAAAAUAGGGUAGGAGUUGGGAUAGUAGAGAUUUCCUGAUAUGCAAGGAGGAAUAAGCAAGAAAAAAAAAAUUUUUUUUUCCAAUAGCAGAUCCAUCUCCUGUUACCCUGUCUUUUCCUUAAAUUUUCUGUGAUUUCAGGGACAUAUGUAGAAGGAGUUUUAUUUUAUUGCUUUCUAAACUAUGAGUCCUUUUUGUCUUUUUUUUUACCCCCCUGGACCUGAAGUCUGAUUAUGAAAAGAACCACAUUCCAUUAGAAGCAGUAGACUCUGGUAGCGAGAUCUUUAGUGUUUGCUUUAUUGGUAUUUGAUUUGGAGUUUGUUGGCAAGAUUUUGUGCUUUGGGGGGUUGUUUUGUGUGUUUGUAUUUUUAAGGCUAAUAUUUAAGUUUGUAGAGAACACUGUUAAAUGAAAUGGAGUGUCUAAUUGUAAUAAUGAGUAGGAAACAUCUGAAGAUUUUUUUAAGUUAUUUUUAACAUGGUAUAUAAGAUUUGGGCUUAGAGUUUAUCAUUUUCUGAUAUUUUCUCACUUAAUAGAUGAAUUCUAGCCAUUUUUUAUAAAGAUUUCUGUUAAGCAAAUCCUGUUUUCACAUUGGCUUCCUUUAAGGAGUUUUAGGUUCUGUUAGAUACAGUGACUACUCAUAAAAACUGUCGAAAAUUGCUUUUAAGAAAUGUAUUAAAAUACUUCUGAAAAAAUAGCAACCAUAAAACCAUAAGCAAAGAUAAUAAGGAUUUUUAUGUAUUUCUAGAGUCUCUGUUAACAUAAUAGCCUCCUAUGAUUAUGCUCUAAAUGUUUUACUCUCCAGGGUCUUAGUAAUUUGACUUUUUUUUCUUCCAAUCAGUGCCAAUUUCCCCAGUUCUUUUAACUUUAAAUAUGAAGGGUAAUAAAUGUUUUACCCUUCCUUGAUCUUUUGACUCAAAAUACCUUGGUUAAUUGUUGAAAGGAAUCCUUAGAUGGAAAGAGAUAGUAUCGCUGUCUGCAGUCCAAUUAGUAGUUGUAUUCAGAACAGGAAAGCAAAUUAUUAAUUAUUGAAAAUCAUUUAGGGGGUCUGUUAAUUGUUAAGACCUUGGACUUUGGAGUCAGCACCUGGCUUUACAUUCCAACUCUGCCAUUUUCUGGCUGUGAGAUUUCUGGCAAGUUACUUAAAAUCCCAGCUUGCUCCUCUAUAAAUUAAAGAGAAGUAAUAGUACCUGCUUCAUAGAGUUAUUAUGAGGAUCAGAUGCAAAUGUGUAUAGUGUUGAGUGAGGCAUCUGGUAUACUAUAAUAGACACUCGAGUAGUUGCUAAUAUUAUCAGCAUACAAUCUGAGGGUUCAGUCAGCCAGUCGUUAGCAAUCCAUUGUUUGUUGGAACAUGCCAGUGUUCUCUGGUACACCAGUUGAAAUCGAACAGCAAUCAGAAAACAUAGAUUAUUCCUCGAUUAAACAGUGUAUUCAUAUAAAUGAUUGCUUGGAUCCUCAUCAGAAGCUAUGUUACAGAAAAAUGAUGUUAAGGCUCACUAAAUUCUGAUAGCUGUCAGUUAUCAACCAACCCCCAGAAAUUAACUGUGGUGUAUUUAAUAAGAGGAACCCUAGUUUGAAGUAGAAGCUGUGGACAAAAUAGUAGGUGAAAAAUAAGGCAUGAAGCCCCCAAAUUCAGUAAGCAAAAGAGUGCAGUACCUCAGAGGGUCUUUGUGGUUAAAAACAUUUUUAUGCUGAGAAUAAUGUUCAUUGACAUGUGCCUAUAAGUAAUUUUUUGGUAGUUUAAAAGGUGAAAUGAACUACAAAUGGGAGAGGUCUGAACUUCCUUUCCUUCGUUCAAAUGUGUGAUGUGGACAGAUCAUUUGACCUGUGAAUUUUAUCUUUUACAAAAUGAGAAUAAUUCCUGCUUCUUCCUUCCUAAUAGUGGCAUUAUAAUAAUGAAAAUGAGUUGAUAAUUUAGGUGGGAAGUGUUCUACAAAUCAGCCUUACUGUUUUACCGUCAGUUACUGAGAAGUUUUGUUCAUUGGAACUGUUUCAGCUUGAUUAGAAUCAUAGCAUGUAAAACCCAACUGGGAAAUUAUCUACAGACUUAAUAUCCUAUAUAAGUUGUCGUCUUUCAUGGUUACAGCCUUUUUUACUUUUAAAUUAGUGAUGUCGUUGCUAGAUUUGUAACAUAUAGCUAGUCACCUUUCAGUGAGGUUUCCAUGAGGCUUUUCUGUGUCUCUAGGUUAUUUGAGAUAACUUUUUUAAAAUUAGCUCUUGUCCUCCCUCUACAGGAGAAUUUGCAGCCUUCAAGUAGCCACACCAUCAUGACAGCAUCUACUCUUAUUUAAGUCUUGUGUUCGUACAAUUUGUUAACAUCAAAACACAGUUCUGUUCCUUAACUCUUUUUAAAGAUAAAAAUUUUCAAUGCAUAAGCUGGUGUGGAACAGAAUGGAAUUUCCCAUCCAACAAAAGAGGGAAGAAUGUUUUAGGAACUAGAAUUCUCUGCUGCCAGUGUUUCUUCUUCAACACAAAUACCACGUGCAUACAAGUCUGCCCACUCCCAGGAAGAAAGAGGAGACCCUGAGUUCUGACCUUUUGAUGGUCAGGCAUGAUGGAAAGAAACUGCUGCUACAGCUUGGGAGAUUUGCUCUGGAAAGUCUGCCAGUCAACUUUGCCCUUCUAACCACCAGAUCAAUAUGUGGCUGAUCAUCUGAUGGGGCAGUUGCAAUCACCAAGCCUCGUUCUCUUUCCUGUUCUGGGAUUUUGUUGUGGAGCUCUUUCCCCUAGCCACCACUGGUUAAUUUCUGAGGGAUGGAACAAAAAUGCAGCAUGCCCUUCCUGUAUGGUGCAUGUUCAGUCCUUGAUAAAUUUUUACCAAAAUGAAGCUAUUUUAUUUAAAUGGAGGGUGAGAGAUGAGGAGGUAGGUUUUGGUGUAGAGGAAAAGGGAAUGCUGCAUCUUUUUCCUGACCUGCUGGGUCUCUGGCCUUUGUUUCCUCGCUCACUCAGGCUCUGCCUGGCGGGCAGACUGGAAGCUCUGGCGCACAUUGCCUUCUUUUCCCAUUGGGUCCAGCAAUGAAGACGAGUGUUUGGGGAUUUUUUUUCUCCACGAUGUAGCAAGUUCUCAGGAAAAUACAAUUGAUAUCUUCCUCCUAAGCUCUUCCAGUCACCAAUUACUUAUGUGGCUACUUUGUCCAGGGCACAAAAUGCCUGUAUCUAAUUAAAAGCCUACAAAACUGCUUGAUAACAGUUUUGAAUGUGAGACAUUUAUAUAAUUUAAAUGUAAGGUACAAGUUUUAAUUUCUGAAUUUCUUCUAUUAUAUUUUUAUUAAAAACAAAAUAAUUUUCAGAUUUAAUUGAAUUGGAAUAAAAUAAUACUUCCCACUAGAAUUAUAUAUCCUGGAAAAUUGUAUUUUUGUUAUAUAAACAACUUUUAAAGAAAGAUCAGUAUCCUUUUCUCUACCUAAAUAUAUGGGGAGUCUUAGCAUAAUGACAAAUAUUUAUAAUUUUUAAAUUAAUGGUACUUGCUGGAUCCACACUAACAUCUUUACUAAUAUCUCAUUGUUUCUUCCAACUAACUCCUGCACUACAUCCUACAUUUUCUUUCUAGUCUUUGAUCUAGCAUAUGCAACCUCAAAUAAAAAUGGUGGUGUCUCCAUUCAUUCUCCUCCUUCCUUUUUUCCCAAGCCUGGUCUUCAAAAGGUUGGUUAACUUUGGCAGCCGAGUCCCCCAGGCAGAGAAUAGAGCAAUUUUAGGUGUAUUGGGACUGAGGGAGGAUGUGAAAAGCCUGACAUCAGUUGUUUUUAUAGAAAGAACUGCUGUGGUAUUAAGAACUUGUUCCUUAUCUUUAUAAAUGGGGAAUAUAACCUAGUCAUAACUUCCCUUGACCUUUACUGAAGUGUGGUAUAAAUCACAGUAGUAGCAAAGAAAGUGACUCUGGAUGUAUUAAUGGCAAAUACCCCCCUUAUCAUGAAUCUGGACUCUUAUCAAGAUUUAGGAAUGUAAAUCAAACGUACCUAGCCCAACCAAGCUAUGUAGUGAAGGACCUGAAAGAAAUUAGACAGGACCUAUAAAAUAAAUCAGGGAAUUAGAAAUUAUUUAAAGUUUUCAAAUUGUAAAUUGCCCCGCUAUUUUUCAGCCUAUUAAAGCUUACUGUCAUUAGAUGAUUUCUUGCUACGUUACCUAUAUUCAGAGGAAGGCCUGUUGAAAAUUCCAUGGACUUGUAAAAGAUUGUCCCAGUAAAAUGGGAAAUAAUCCUCAAGUUAUUAACGAGUUUGAAAAGCAGUGUGUUCUUUAGUCUUUCGUGAGCAGAGCAGUAUCUUACAAAAUUGAGAAAUUGCAAGAAUGAAAAUGAUUUGUGCUGAUUUGAAGAGCAUCUUGUGUGCAUAAUGCUGCCUCUCUUUUAAAAGCAUUGUUUAUUUUUCUUUUUAAAUAUGUCCCCACAGAUGCUUUUGAACAUGCUUGUGUUACCUUUUCCUAGAUUGGAGAGAGCUGGGCUUGAACAGUAGGCGUGUCCUGCCGGAGCUUCUAGUGCAGGACUCCCUCCCUGAGCACGGCAGGAGCCAGCACAGGAGCUAGUUAUGGAGGGAGCUUAGCAUUGGAGUUUUCAACACAAAAUUCAAGGUGAUUAAACACUGUUUUCUUCCCUUUCUUUUUAGAAUACAUUGCUAUCUCAUUUGAAAAAUCUCAUUUCUUAAAUGAAGCUGUGCCCAGAAGCCAGGCUCAGGGUAUUCUUGAGAGAUUUGUAUAGAGCCCUUAAAAAAUAAAAAUAAAAUUUUAGCAUUUCCCUUUUCUUCCUUUUCUCCAUUAAAUACUUUUUCUCUAGUUUACAAAUGGCAUGGAAAAGGAAUUUCCCCUGAGUUUUACAUGCUUUUUUUGAUGCUUAGACUACAGAUAGACUUGAGCUCCUAAGAAAAUACAAGGGAAGAACUCCUUGUUUGUUGUGCAGUGCACUUUAUGAGUAGUUUGUAUCGAUAUUAUGUGGCUGCUUUACUGACAGGCUUGUAAGGCUGCACUUAUCUGUCUUUCCUGUAAGGCGGCUGCAGUGCCUUCUGUAGUGUAUUUUAUUUUGGAUAAGGAGAGGUGACACCUUCUGAAAAAUUUCAGAGUAACCAUAAAAGAUUGUUUUAAAGUAUGUAGUAUUCCUGAUGGACUUUUUCAUCAUUAAACUAGUCUAGGGUCUAAACUUUUACCACUGAAAUAAUAUUGACCAAAAAGUAAUUUAUAAAAGGGAUUUUGUGAAUAGAAAAUCCACUGUAAUCAUUUGUACUUAAGUGCACUCUUAAAAGAAGAUUCUGUCACGCUGUCAAACUCUGGUUCCUUAACAUCCAAUCCCUGGUUGUGUUUGCGAUCUGGUAGGACAUGCUAAGGCAAGCUAGAAGAUAAAAUCCCAUAUACUUUAGUAUACGUGUUAUAUUUAUGUCAGUGUUGGAAAAGAAAGAGCAGUUACUUAGUAAUAAAGAUCCAAGACUUCAACACUGUCAACAUGAAACUUUGUAAAUAUUUCCUAGAUUCUUGUUUGGUGCGGUCACAGCUCUUUAUCACACAAUGUUAUCUUUUACUCAUCAGGCAAUUUUGGAACUGCUGCACACCCCUCCUCAGAUCUCACCUGCCCCUCCCGUACAUUCACCUCUCCAGCCUUGUGCACACCUCAUUUAGCUUUACUUUGAAACACAUUGCAGGGUUCAGGUGACCUCUUCUAAAACUACCUCCUCAGAAUGAGGUAAUGAAUAGUUAUUUAUUUUAAAAUAUGAAAAGUCAGGAGCUCUAGAACAUGAAGAUGAUUUAAGAUUUUAACUUUUAUGUGUACUUGUAUUUGAGCCUUCUCAUUUUGUCCUAAAGGGCAUUAUACAUUUAAGCAGUAAUACUGACAAAUGUAGCUCAGAGUAUCUGAAUGUUGUUGAAAGUGAUACCAGAAUCUCUUUAGGGGUACGUUUCAGAAUUUUUAACCUUAUAUCGGUUGCAUGAAAUUAAAUAGUUAAUGGUAACACUUCACUAACAGUGAUAUAAUUUUAAUUUUUGGUAGGCUUAGCAAGACAGUACAUCUUCAUAAUGAGUUAGCCGCAGCUUCAUCACAUGCACAGAUGCUCCUGUAGAGAGACUGCCCAGUUAAGAGGGUAGAAUGAUGACCCAUUUUGCAAGUUUCUCUUCUUUGUCCAAAUUGGCAUUCUUUGUGCUAGAAAAUCAGCACUUUGAGAAUAGCAAUUUCAACCAUUAGACUAGUAAAAAGCAAAACAAACAAAAAAACCAUAGCCAGACAUGGAAAGUUUACUGUGAGUAUAAACAGCAAAUAGCUUACAGGUCAUACAUUGAAAUGGUGUAGGUAAGGCUCUAGAAAAAUACCUUGACAAUUUGCCAAAUGAUCUUCCUGUGCCUUCAUGAUGCAAUAAAAAAGCUAAAAUUUUAGCAGAAAUCAGUGAUUUGUGAAGAGAGCAGCCACCCUGGUCUAACUCAGCUGUGUUAAUAUUUUUUAGCGUGCAAUUUAGACUGCAAAGAUAAAUGCACUAAAGAGUUUAUAGCCAAAAUCAUGUUUAAAAAAAUGAGAAAACACACAGGUAAAUUUUCAGUGAACAAAAUUAUUUUUUUAAAGCACAUAAUCCCUAGUAUAGUCAGAUAUAUUUAUCACAUAGAGCAAAUAGGUUGAAAUCAUAAUUCAGUGACAUUUCUAGAGAAACUUUUUCUACUCCCAUAGGUUCUUCAAAGCAUGGAACUUUUAUAUAACAGGAAUGUUUGACAGACAUUUUAAGAAAUUGCUGUAGUUUAGGGUUGAAGUUACUAUAUGCUGGGCAGCAGUCAUAUGUAUUAACUAGUGAGAAGGAUGAAAUUAACAUAUAGGACAGAAUUUGAUUUUCUCAGUUCCCAUAGUACUGCUGCCAACCUAGACACUGAUUUUCCAGAGUUUGAAAUAUAAACUUGCCUCUCAGGAUUUGUUUGCAAAUUAAGUGGGACUGUCUUGCUAAUGCUCUGGGGGCCAGGUGGAAUCUCCAAGGGCUCCUCUAUGAGGGGACAUAAGGCUGGCGGGUGUGAACUGGACACACUCCAUGGUGUGCUUCUAGUAUCUUGAUUCCUUGCCACCCCCAAGAAAGGCUUCAGCAAGUUCUCUAGACGUUUCACUAAGGAGUAUUACUAAUGCCCAUAGGUUGUUGAGCACCCGAGGGGUGCAGUAGCAUCUCUGCCUGAUUGUAUAUUGGCCCCCAGAGGAGAGUGAAGUGGCCAGUGUACUCAUAUUCCAUGUUGCUAGCUCUGGUAAAUUGAAAAUACUGGUAAGAUUUUUGUUUUAUUAGUACACUAGAGAGUAAGCUUUGUUUUGUUGUUUGAAGAUAAUCAAUUUUCACUUCUGUUUGGGAAAACAUUUAAAUUGAAUUUCAGUCCUAAAUUGUGCCAGUUGUGGCAAUUAACAGUUUCUAUCAGGUGUUUUUAAUGUAGAAGAGGACAGAAACUAAGUCCUAAAAUCUUAAAUUAAGGUAACUGGUUUAUUUUAGAACGCUUAGGGGUGGUUAGUCUCUACCUCAAAAAAUUGAUUGAGUGUAUCAUUUAUUUCAGUAUCCACAAUUUCAGCUGUUGUUCUUGUAAUACUUUUUUUUAACAUUUUGACCCCCUUUACCCAACUGUUAACUUAGUCUUAUUACUAAAUCAGUUUCAUUAAAAUGUUUAAUUUUAUUUAGCAGUUUUGACUAAUUACAAUGAUAUAACCAGUUGUGCAUGAGGACACAGCCAGUGAGUGUAUCUGGGUUUUUUUGUGAUGCUUUUUUUUCUUAAGAAUUCUGUAGGUUGAAGUACUCUUUGAAAACAAAGAACUAAAAUAUGUUUAUUCAUGUUAGCAUAAAAAAAAAAGAUUUGUGCAAACCAUCUGCUUCUCCUGGCAGGCUGAGCACAUUGUCCAGCACCCGCGAGUGGCUGGUUCUCAUCACAGAAUCUUUGUAGGGAAUUGGGCAUGAAAUUCACUGAAGAGGUGGAGCAGAGGAAGUGUUCUGUUUACAGGAGUGGAGAUAGGGCUUAUGAGUAAGUUGCUUAGUAAGUUGGUUUUGUUUUGAGAAUUAUUGUGUUACAUUUGUGUGUUAAGCUUUUUUUAACCCACUUGUGUUUUGGUGGAGUAUGUGUUACAUAAGAGGAAACGUCAGACUAGCAUAAGCAACAAAGCUCACAGUCUAGGCACAGGUGUAGACAAAAUGGACCAAAAUGGGAGGGGGGAGGGUAUGGGAGUAAGUCUAGGGGUAGGGAAGAAUUGAUGUGAGGGUGGGAAAUAAACUAUAAUUACCUGAAAUAAAAUGUUAAGAGUGCAAUAAGUGUGCUUUUUAUUCUAAGCUGUGAACGGGUUUUUUAAAAAAUCAUUCCUUCCUAAUACAUUUGCCUGUGUUCUGUAGCUGAUUAAAACCAGCUAUGUAAACAUAUAAUGCCUUUUUAUUCAUGUUAAUUACCAACAUAAAUGGCUAACCUUUAUGUCUUAUUUAUCUUCAUGUUAUGUUAGUUUACAUCCAGGGGUGUGUAUGUGUGUGUAUGCUGUAAAUUUUCCCUCCUUCGUUUGAAAACGCCUUUGUUGGGUCCUGUGUGUUUCCUUUGGCCAUGCCACAGGUUAUAGUCUCGGCUUGGCCUUCAUAUCGCCUGAUUUGAAGGACUCUAUCACAGUGACAUAGCUCAUUCAUUUGUUGUGCACUCUGACCCUUUCCUCACUCAGCAGUUGCUGUUUCUUCUAAAAUAUGAGUGUACAACUAUGAGGAGAUUGAAAUUAACUGUUUAACAUAUGUCCCUUUGAAUUCUAUUUAGUAGUUAUGAUUGCUCUUUGGUUUGGACCAAGAAAAAGGAAAUCCGCGCCCCACCCCCACCCCCCGCCUUUCACUUAUUUCUCGGUUUGAGGACAAUUCUUCUGUAAGAGAGGGGAAAGGGAAAUCCUUCAUGUUUUAACUGCAGUGAGUUAAUGGCCCCUGGUUUACUCCAAACCUUAUGGCGAUUCACAUUCACAUUCCUCUCCUCUCUUGCUGCCAGAGGUUUGGGUUUAGUUCACUUCAGUUCCGCUCAAGCAUUGAAAAGGUUCUCAUGGAGUCUGGGGUGUGCCCAGUGAAAAGAUGGGGACUUUUUAAUUGUCCACAGACCUCUCUAUACCUGCUUUGCGAAAAUUACAAAGGAGUAACUAUUUUUAAAGCUUAUUUUUCAAUUCAUAAAAAAAGACAUUUAUUUUCAGUCAAACGGAUGAUGUUUCCCUCUUGUCCCUUAAUCCUCAGUGUUUGCUUGAAUUUUUUUUUUUUCAAUUCUUCCCCAUCCCCGCUUCUUGAUACUUUGGGUUCUCUUUCCUGCUCAGGUCCUUUCACUUGUAUUUUGGAGUUUUUCUCAUGUAAAUUUGUACAAUGGAAAAUAUUGUUCAGUUUGGAUAGAAAGCAUGGAGAAUUAAAAAAAAGAUAGCUGAAAUUCAGAUUGAAGAAAUUUAUUUCUGUGUAAAGUUAUUUAAAAACUCUGUACUAUAUAAAAGGCAAAAAAGUUCUAUGUACUUGAUGUGAAUAUGCGAAUACUGCUAUAAUAAAGAUUGACUGCAUGGAGAAGUCUUUAUCAAGAUCAUUUUUCUAGCACUGUCACAUUCAAUAAUGGAAGUAGGGCUUUUGACGGUCAGUUCUAUCAGGCAGUGGAGGAACUAAGAAGUGUACAUUGUUUCCAGUUACCGCUUGGUGGGCAGAGGUAUUUAUGAGAAAUAUUUUAAAAGUAAAUUGUCAAGAUGAAUACCUAGUACAUUGCACCGGCUACACUUUUGUAGUAGAGUUUUUUAUCUGGUGUUGGUGAUUAUUCUCAAGCAUUUUAUGAUGCUGUGAUCUGACUGUUCCCCUCCAGUGGCUCAAAUGAAGUGUGUGCUGUAAUAGAGUCGUUUAAGUAGUAGUCUGUAGAAGUUCCAUUUUCUGAACUUUGGUAUCUUUCAAACUUUUUUGACACAACUUCCAGUAAUACAUUUUCUAUAGGAACACAGACAGUACACACAAAUACAUAUAUUUGAAACUAUGCACUCCUGUUUUACACUUCUUUUUUUUUUUUUUUUAAUGCUGGCUACCUUCCCCCAUGAGUUGAUUUUAUGCAUUUGAUUUCAUAAAGCUUGAAAGACACCUAGAAUAUCAUCAAGGCUAUGUCAUAUUACCAGGCAGUUUCCAGAGGAGAGGUAAACAAUUUUAAGACUUUACCUGGAAACCCUAUGUCUGAGAAAAAUAUAAACAGAAAAGUCUUCAAGAUGGUACAUAUUUGAGGAAUCUGGUUUCUGGUCUUCAUGCCUCUCCAGCAAAUCAUAAAAUGCUGUUGAGACAAGUAUUUUCUCUGAACUGCAGUUUUCUCAUCUGAAAAAUGUAAUUCUGUAAUAAUUACAGAAACUCAUUUUUAAAUAACCUUCAUACAUGAUUACAGUAGGGUAAUUGUGGAUUCAUUUCUUAAUGCAUCAUUCUAUAAGUUUUCCUUAAAAUUUAGUCCAGAAUUAUGAAACUUUUAAUUAUUGUGAUAAAAUUCUAUUAUAAAGAACCCUACCAUACUAGCUCUUCUGAAAUUUUAUCAGGGGCUGUAGUAAUUGGGCCUACUGUCUGGGCUGUGUAGUUCUCCUAGAUUCGUAAAAUGUUAGAGCCAAAAGAGUUCUUAAAGAUUACAUGGUUUAGGGACUUCCCUGGCAGUCCAGUGGUUAGGACUUUGCACUUCCACUGCAGGGGGCCCAGGUUCAAUCCCUGGUUGGGGAACUAAGAUCCCACAAGCUACG